AUGAAAAUUAAACUCAACUUAUCUGAUAUAAUAAAACGAAGAGAAAAAAACGAUAGUUUAAAUGAAGAAACUUUGACUAGGCGAUCAGAAAGCUAUUUUGAUAGGCUUCGUAAAAUCGAUACUCACACUCCUAUAAAGCCAAAGGCUACGCAAAUUCAAAAAAGAAAAGUUUCUUACUGCUUGCCAAAAGUCGCUGAAAAUGAUUUCAAAGAAUUUUAUAGAUCCUAUUCUCAUGGAAAAUUAAUAAAAGUCGUCAGAAGGAGACCAUUUUCCCCAAUUACUUGUGAAAAGAUCAACGAGUUAAAGUUCAAAAAUGAGCCUUCUUGAGUCAUAAAUCCUUUAACUCCAGCGAAUUUAUCAGGAAAAAAUCGUAAAUAUAGUGAAGGUAAGCUAAAUAAAACAGUAAAUUACUUAAAUCCAAGGAUUGCACUUCAAGAUUCCAGAAAUCUUGCAAUAGCAAAAAGGAUCAUUAAAAGCUUGGUUAAUCAUGAAGCAGAAAAAAGUUUAAAGGACAUGGGAAAUUUUUCAGAAAUUGAUAGCUAUAUUAUACAGAAAAAAUAUUCCCAAAAUUCUAAAUCAAAAUUUUGAAUGAAAAUUUAAAUGAUUAAAUAUGACUAAGCUAUAUUAUUAUAUUAUUUAACGGUUAUAUAUAAUACUUUGAGGAACAAUUUUGCUUUAUUUUUUGGCAAAAUUAGGAUACAGCUUAACUAGCUGCCAGAAUAAAAAAAACAAUUAAGAAUAAUAAAAUUUCAAAAAUCCAAAAGGAUACUCAAAGCAAUAAGGUUUUGGAAACUGAUGAAGAAAUUGAGAAAAAUAAAGAACUAAAAGAGUUAUGGGAUGCAGAAAAAGCGAAAUUAAAAAAUAAAUCCUUUAACAAAAUUCAAAAAGUUUUAAAAAGGUCAGGACUUCCGCCAUUAGCAGGCUCAGUAAAAGAUUUAAGGCUUUUGCCUGAUCUUGAGGAAAAAUUCAAAAAAAAGCAAAUAUUGCAAAACCAACCAACGACAGUAAGUCAUCAGCAUAUGCCAAGAAUUAUAGUCAACAAAAAAUGUUUAUCAUUAUCAAGAAAGCCCUACAAAGGUUUGUGCUGUUAA